AGAAACCGAUGGUACUUUACAUCUCUAGGUUCUUCUUCGAAACUGUGACACUACACAUAAUGUAUUCCAUGAAACCAAUAGGCUAUGUUAGUUCUGUAUUUACCUACAAGAAUGGAACACCCAGACAACCAGCACUGUGUCCAUAUGCUAGAGGAACUAUCACAAUUGACAAAAGUAGUUUUACUAAUCCAGAACAUUCUUUAGAAGAUUUAGAGGAAUUUUCACAUGUUUGGGUGAUAUUUGUAUUCCAUAAGAAUAAUAACACGUUUACAAAGGCUAAAGUAAAACCUCCCAGACUAAAUGGGAAAAGAGUAGGUGUGUUCUCCACAAGAUCUCCAUAUAGACCCAAUCCUAUAGGACUAACACUGGCAAAGCUAGAUUGUGUGGAAGGCUGCACUCUCCAUUUAAGUGGUAUUGAUUUAUUAGAUGGUACUCCAGUACUAGACUUAAAACCAUAUAUACCUUCCUAUGAUAUCCCACAAAAUGUUCAAAAUGAGCCAGAAAGUUGCCUAAAUUCAGAGAGAACAAGUUGUGAGGCAUUGGAGGAUAAACUGAAGGAAGAUUUAAAACUAAAGACUUGUCAUUUAGACCAAGAACAAAACAUCUCUGAUGGUUCUGUACGCCAAGAGAAAAGUGUUAAACAAGUUAAUUGUAAAGAAACUGAUAAUGUAUGUAACCAGGCUGUUAAGUGUGAACAGUCUACAUUAAAUAUUGGUGCUUCAGAGUUUCAACAGUCUACAUUACAAGUUGGUGAACAGUCACAAUUACAUUUUGGCGAACAGUCUACAUUGCAUAAUAGUGCUUUAGACUUUCCUUUAGAUUUAGGCCUAAAAAGUGAGUUAAGAACAAAUGAUUAUACUCAGGACAAUCAGUUGUUCAGUCCUGUAGUAAAUGUGAUAAAUACUACAGAUGAUGACAUAGAUACAGAAACAUUUAAUAUAGACCGCACAAAAACAGCUGAUUGGAUAGAAACACCACCCAUUGAUAAGAUAUCAGUUAGAUUUACAAAUCUUGCUCAGGAACAACUAAAACUGUUUUCAUCAUCAGCAGCAUCUGACUUUUGUCUGAAAUAUUUAAAAUCAGGAAUAGAAGUCAGUAAAGCUAUAAGUGACAUACUUUGUCAGGAUCCACGGUCAGUUUACCGUAGAAAACACUGUGUUGAUAGUUUAUAUUACUUUGUUGUAGAUAUUGUCCAUGUUACAGCAUGGUUUGACAAACAAGUAGCAGAAGUUGUUAGAAUUCAACCUGUUAGUCAUGCAGAACAUUAUAAAAAAAAUUAAAAAUUA